UUGGACGUGUUUGACUUUCAGCGAGUGACGCACUCGGUUUGCCCGCCUCGUGAUUGUGGCAGCAAAGCCCCGGAAAGCCAAGCAGGGAUGUGUUGUACGGGCAAGUGCGCCCGCCUGGUGGGCCUGAUCCUGCUGCCUUCGGCCUUCGUUUGCAUGAUCGCCAACCUCUUGCUAUUCUUCCCCGAUGGCAAACGUCUGGAUAACGAUCAGAUCUCCUUGCAGGUGUGGCUGAUGGGCGGUCUCAUCGGCGGAGGCCUCUUUAUGCUGUGCCCGAGCUGCUCUGCUAUCAGGGCCGGGGGCAAGGGUUGCUGCGGAAAGGGUUGCUGCGGCAACCGCUGCCGGAUGUUGAACUCGGUGUUCUCGUCGGGUUUCGGUCUGUUGGGCGCCAUCUACUGUUGCAGCGUGGCCUCGGCCGGCCUGGCCAUCGGCCCCAAGUGUCGCGUGGAGGGAGGCGUUUGGAAGUAUCCCUUCGAGGAGCUCGGAACGGGUAGUGAGAGCUACCUGGUGAACCAGACCAUAUGGGACAUAUGCCAGUACCCCAAGAAUGCGGUGAUGUGGCACGUGGUUCUCUUCUCCAUCCUGCUGGCAAUGAGCGUCCUGCAGAUGGCGCUGUGCGGCCUUCAGGUGGUCAACGGCUGCCUGGGCUGCAUCUGCGGGGACUGUCGCGAGAACAAGGAGGAUGAAAGCGGCUUGUGAAAUCCGCUGCUGGGAUGCAAAGGGAUUCUCAGAUCGGGAUUUUCUUCUCGACAGAUUUUAUUAUUGUGGCACCUAAAUCUAUUUUGACUCUAUUUUGUGUACCUUUCCUAACAAUGUGACAAUGGCUACUGACUAUAGGCAUGGGCCCGAAAUCUGACCAUGAGCAAA